AUGAAAGCCAAACAGCCCUGGUUUCCACGCGAGUCCAGUACCGGUGAUGGCUCUUUACGCAAUGGCGAGAGACAUGGCGAGAGGAGCGGUUGCUCUACGGGAGCCUCGCUGGCAUCCAGUCAAUCGCGCCAUACUAGUCUGAGAAAGCUGCCAGUCUUCGGAUGUUUCACUGAGCCUGCGGCCAGCCAUGGCGAUUCUGGGACUCUCACCGAAAAGGGGCAGCAGCACGCGUCCAGGGCAUCAUCCACUCCACCGGCCUCGAGGAUUCCCAUCCUCGUCGUGCCAGAAGUCGUGCCAGAAGAGAGUGCUGGGCCCUCGUCUACACAGUCGGAACAUGUUUUGGCUGCUCCCGGGCACGGACCACGUACGACAGAUUCCCCUGCAGUCGCACGAACGGACGAGCAGUCUGUAGAGAUCACAGGAGACGAGACCCGAGAAGAGAAGAUUGCGGAGGACCUUCGAAAUGUGACUGGACUGCCAGCAGAGUCUGCUGCGCGCAACCCGUUCCCGCCGUGUUCGUCAAGCGAGCAUCUGGAACGCCGCGUCUUUGUUCCACCACCUCGACGCCCAGGUCCUCACGACCAUCGGGUUCCGCCACAAAGAAACACAUGGCUCGACCCUUUCGUCGGUUCCGGAACGACUCAAACUUUGAUUCCUCUAAAUACGGGCCAGAGAUCAUCGGCUCCCCGGGUUGUGCUGUCACGAUGGGAGUCCUCGUCUGUACAGACCGGUGUCGAAGGUCCUCGCAGGUCCGCAUCCCGCAGGAAUACAAGAAGUCGUCGUCGGCGCUGUCGUCGUGCUAGGUCGAGUCGAUCAUGCAGUCCGGCAUUGCCACCGAGAAUCCCUUUGGUUGAUUUGGUUGACUCCCAUCACGCUCGUUACCAUCAAGCUACGCCGACACGAGCAGCACCCGUGCUAUCAACUACCGCCACGCAACAAGACCGCAAUCACGACGCGCCUGAAGCAUUCACCACCACCGCCAACGACGACAAAAGCACCGCUUCCAAAAUGUCGAGCUAUACUAUGACCUACUCCCCAACGUCGCCCAGCCUCCUCACCCUGUCGCCGAUGGUGACGGUGCCCAUCGCGCCGCCGCCCACGCCAGCCCAAGACAUUCCUCUACAGACGUCCUCUCGCGACGUGGUGGACGAGGUAGACAUGAACAUCGACGAGAUCUUGUCGGCGCUCCCCAUCGGCAUCCCCAUCCCACCAGGAGAGCAGCCAUGUGCGCUAUUUCCCGUGCGCAGGGCGCCGACUCCGCCCUCAUCAUCCUUGUACGGUCGAAGCCGGCGCUCGAGCGCCGCUAGCAGCAACCCCUUCGUAAGCGACGGAGAAGAGGGGGAAGAAGAAGGUGGCGUCGCUCUCCGACACAACCCGUUCAUUCCCAUCAUGUACCCAGGCCGGGGAGAAGUCCCGCGGCGGCUUUUCGAGCCCCAAAACAAGCUGCUCGCCGCGCUGGUCCGGGACAGCUACCCAUGUGACGACGACGGCGACGACGGGGAUGAUGAAACCGAGGAGGUCGGAGAAGACCAAGAUUUCCGUGACGAUGAGUUGGUCACGGUCGCCCGGGACGGAGUCGCCAGCUACUGCCAGCCCGCGUCGCUGUGUCGGGCCCACCGCGCCUGCAUGCCCUGCGAGAGGGGGAAGCGAGCAGGGGAGAUCGACACCACCGGGCCCCUGCGACAGCGACGGGUGACCUGGCAAAUCGACACCAAGGAGCAAGAGGCCAGAUGGGUCGACGUCCAGGCCCGAGGACUCUCCGCGCGGGCCAACAAGUUCGGCGCCGUCGGGCAGCAGGUGACCAGCCGCACUGUCCCGCCCCCGGUCUGCGUCGUCCAGGACCACGAGAAAGCCGUGUGGACUCCUCGCGGAUGGGACGUGGUCCUGCGCUCUGGGCUGAGGACGGCCGUGCAGGAGGGAGCGCCGUGGACGACAAAGAACCAGUUCGGCUGCUAG